AAAUUGUGAUUUUGUAAUAAUAAAAUUCAAAUCAAUGGCAACAUCAAAAAAAUCGAAUAAUCAACAACAACAAAAUCCUAAUGAACGUGUUGAAUGGGGAUUAUUGUUGAAACAGAAACCACGUGAAAUUGUUUUAUCUGGUGAUCGAAUUGCUAAACAAAUUGAAGAGGAAAAUGGAUUGAAUGAACUGUUGUUCAAGAUAAAAUCAUUGAAUUUUUUGGAAAUUACCGAUGCUUCGUCAUUGACAUCGAUCAAUACGAAUAUUUCCAAUUUAAACAAUUUGACUAAUCUUGUAUUGGAAGGAAAUAAAUUGUCAUCAAUUCCAGCCGAAAUUGGGCAGCUUACUAAAUUGAAAUGUCUUAAUCUGUCUCGUAAUGAAAUUGAAAUAUUGCCGGAUAAAGUUUUCGAAAAUCUUGUCCAUCUACAGUCAUUGAAUUUGGAACAGAAUCAAUUGAAAGUAUUGCCCGAAAUGUCAAAAUUAUCAUCAUUGAUUUCAUUUAAAUGUGGCUCAAAUCAAUUGAAAUGUUUUCCAAGUACACUUUGUGAUAAAAUCCGUAAGAAUAAAGAAUUAUCUGCUCAAUCAUCGAUUCCAAUCUAUGAAAAUGGUGCCAUACAUUUGGCCGAAUUGGAUGCAUCACAUAAUCAGAUUGAAGAAUUACCAUAUAUAAUUGAACGUUUGGUUGCAUUAAAAUCAUUGGAUCUUAGCUAUAAUCAAAUAACAAUGAUUCCAGCAGAAUUGGCCAAUUGUCCAAAAUUAAAGGAUGCACAAUUGAAAGAAAAUCCGAUUAAAGAUCGUCGUCUAUAUAAAUUGAUUGAACAAUGUCCAACGAAAAAAGUUCUUGAUUAUCUUCGUAUGAAUGCAAGUCCAGCGAAAAAAUCCGGUAAAAAUGCUAACGAUGAUGAUGAACAGAAAACGAAUGAUGAUAGUUUCAAUGAUUCAAAUGAAAAACCAAAACCCGAAUAUACAAUUCGAAUUCAACAGAAUUCAGUGGAUAAAUUUUCUGUAUUGGUUUCGAAAUUGAUUAUUAAUCAAAGAAAAAUUGUCGCCUGUAUUAUUCAUCAAAUGGAUCUAUCGAAUCCUAAAGUUUUGAAAAAAAUUCUAACCAUUCAAACAAAAUUACAUCAGACUGUAUGUGAUAAUCGUCAAAAAGCGACUAUUGCAACACAUGAUCUCGCAAAACUAUUACCACCACCGCCUACAUAUGCAUCGCAGACAUCACAAUCGGAAAAGAACCAGCUACCAGAACCGCCGACAUCAAGAGCUAUUUAUUUUGAUGGUCGUGUACCAACUAAAAUACGUUUAGUUCCAUUAGGCCGUGCCAAUGAAAUGACUGCAAUGGAAUUAUAUCGUCUAUUGAAUGAUGAAGCUGAUCAAUAUAGAAAAGAAAAGAAACGUAAUACCAUUAGCGGUAUACAUAAAUAUAUUCAUUUAUUGAAAGGAAAACAAUUGUAUCCAGUAUUGAUGGAUUAUCGUGAUAAUGUUUUAUCAUUACCACCAUUAACUAAUGCUGAAUAUUCUAAAAUAGGUGCAAAUACAAAAUCAAUGUUUAUCGAAGUGACCGGUGAAAGUAUACCAACAUGUCGUAUGGUCAUGAAUGAAUUGAUACAUUCAUUAAUAAUGGCAACAAUUAUGGAUGAUGAUGGUGAAACAUCGGUACCAGUGUUUAUUAAUAAUGAAAUGAUUAUUGAACCCGUUGUUUGUGAAUUGACCGAUAUAGCCAAUACACAGAAUGAAUUAUUGGUUAAAUAUGGAUCGAGGAAAAAAUUUGAUUGA